AUGGGAAAAAAAGAUUCCAAGGCUGCCAAGGCGGCCAAAAAGACCCGCACGGCCGAAAAGGCGGCAAAAUCCAAAGCAAAGGCCGACAGUAAGAACAAGAAACUUGCAGCCAAAACGGGCGAGGAAGAAGACGUUGAUCUGGACGAAAUGCUUGCCGAGUUCGCUCGCCAACAAGCCGAGUUUGAAAAAGUCACUAUUACUUUGUCUGACCGACCUUCCAAGCGCCAAAACGCUUCUCUGGUGGCUAAUCCUUUACAGGGCAAGCACGAGCUUUUUCUGUUUGGUGGUGAAGCCACCUCCAGCGCCUAUUCUCACUUUUUCAAUGAUCUAUUUGUGUACUCGAUCAAAACAGAUCAAUGGCGUAAAAUCACUUCUCCAAACACACCCAUGCCUAGAAGCUCGCAUGCCAUGUGCUCCCAUCCUAGUGGCAUAAUGCUCAUGUUUGGAGGCGAGUUUUCCAGCCCCAAACAAAGCACGUUCUACCACUACGGCGAUACAUGGGUUCUGGACCCUGCGAGCAAAGAAUGGACUAAAAUAGAAUGCAAAAAGCAGCCCUCUUCACGAAGCGGACACCGUAUGACUGUUUGGAAAAACUAUAUCUUGCUGCAUGGCGGGUUCCGCGACCUAAGUGCCUCGACGACAUAUCUUGACGAUCUCUGGGCAUUCGAUGUGACAGACUACAAGUGGCAUCAAAUUGAACUGCCCCAAACUAUGAGUAUUCCCGACGCUCGUAGUGGUCACAGUUUUGUGCCUUGUGCGGAUGGUGCUAUUUUGUGGGGUGGAUAUUCUAAAGUCAAGGCGUCUAGGGGCUUGCAAAAGGGUAAAGUUCACGUCGACAGUUGGCUCCUGAAAAUGAAGUCCGAUCUCAAAGGCGUCAGAUGGGAGCGUCGGAAAAAGGGAGGCUUUGCUCCAAGCCCCCGUAUUGGCUGUUACAUGGUACCCCAUCAGGGUCGAGGCAUAUUGUUUGGAGGAGUCUAUGAUACACAGGAAACUGAGGAGUCUCUGACUUCACAGUUCUACAAUACGCUGUACUCUUAUAAUAUUGAGACCAAUCGAUGGCUGUCGAUGGGUCUACGGUCCCGAAAGCGUCGUCAAGAGCCUGUGGUGCCUACGCGCGAGCGGCGUGAUGACGACUUGCAAAAGAACCUGUCCAAUAUCUUGCAGAAUCUCAACAUUGAUAUCAAAGAGAUGCUUGCUGAUGUUGAAGCAGAACUAGAAGAUGAGGACGAGGAGCCAGUUGAAAAGAAAGAGUAUCCUAUUGUUUCCCAGCUCCCCCACCCUCGCUUUAACUCAACUGUUGCCGUUGCAGACAACCAGCUAUUUCUUUUUGGCGGCCUGUGGGAGGAUGGCGACAGAGACUUUGUAUUUGACAGCUUCUACUCUAUCGAUCUCGGCAAGCUCGACGGUGUAAAGGUUUAUUGGGAGAAUCUUGGCCUGGACGAUGCAGUCGAUAGCGAUGAAGAAGAUGAUGACGACGAGGGUGAGGACGAGGAUGAGGACGAGGAGGAGCCUGAAGAUGCUUCACUUGAAUCAGAGGAGGAAGAAGAGGAAGAGGAAGAAGAGACCCUUGAGGAAGAGGACCCUGAUCCUCGUCCCUGGCUUCCUCAUCCCAAGCCUUUCCAAACUCUCACGGCAUUUUAUCGGGCUAACAUUAACGAAUUUGUUGAGUGGGCCCUGAAAGUUGACCAUAACGCUCGGCAGAAGGAGCUCAAGCGCAUUGCAUUCGAGCUUUGUGAAGCGCGCUGGUGGGAACGUCGCGACGUGAUUCGGGCAGCCGAAGACGAAUUCGAGGAAAUGGGCGGCGUCGACGAAGUUAUUGAACGCACUGGCGACCGCAGCUCUCGUAGAUAA